CCGAUUGUGCGCCCAAACAAAACAUCUGCAGCCUGCAGCAGUGCUAAAUGCUACACAAAAGAUUAAAAUUCAAAAGAUUUUUUUAUAAAAAGAAAAGUGAAUCAAAAAUUUACAUUAUUCAGAAGUUCAAUCGUAGCCAGCCGAGCCAGAUUUUGCCAGAUCAAGACAUUCUGUAAAAUUCAGGAUGGCCACGAAGCGAGCGUUCAACAUUCUCGAGCAACGGAACAUCAACGAAAACUCCCACAUUGGCAAAACGCCUUUGCCGGGCAAAAAUGCCUCCCGAGCCCCGUUCAAAAGUGCCCUAAAAGAUUUGACUAAUAGCAGCGCAUCGAAGCGGCCCAAUUUCACCGCCGGAAAACAAUCGUCCGAAGGUGCAUCCGCUCUCAAGAAAUCUCUUCAGCAGCAGAAACCCGUUGCUUCGUCCAUUUCGCGGAAGAAAUUGUCCGAAAGCACCGUUACCCAACCGACUGGCAACAAAAGACAAAAUGUUGCAGCCCCGCUCUUCCCCAUUUUCAGCCCCCUGGAUGCCGAAUACAGUUGGGGCAAGGAAGCUUGUCUACGAGAGGACCUGCUGGAGCAGAUGAUCGAUUACCAUGGCGCCACGUACAAGCGGGAAAUAAAGCCCAUGAAGCCGCUGAAGGUAGAACCGUUGGAACUGCCGGAGCUGGAAAUUCCCCGACCAGAGGUGGCGAAGUCGAACAGAGCCACGGUAAAAGAUGGCUUCCCAGCCAGCUUCCUGUUCAAUCUGCAGGAGGUGGAUAUUCCGGAUUUGGAGUUUAUGUUCUAGUCACCACCGAAGCGAGGUGACGAAGGUAUAACUUUUAUUUUUCGGUUUAUUUUAGAUGGGUAAGCUUUCUGUACAAUAUUUAAAACUGAUUCCUAUUUGUAUUAAAAUGUUUCUUGAUAAUUGUUCAAUACAAAAUGACUGACUCUGUGUUCAAGA